ACAACAACAACAAGAGCGCUCUAUUCGCGAUCGCUGCGAUCGUCCGACUGGCUUCGAUGCCUGUGCUCUCAUAACAUCUAUUGCUUCAUUUCUUUUUCUUCCUUUGCUUAUACCGCCACUUUCUGGCCAUUCGAUUCUAGAGCAGCGGCAAGGCUUGAGCUGCCGCGAGCCCGCAUCAUGGGGGCCUGGAAUAUCUUCCGCAUCUUGGGCGACUGCCUACAUAUGCUCUCCAAGGGCAUCCUCAUCUUCUCCAUCCAUCGAAACCGUAGCGCCGAAGGAGUCUCCCUCAUCACACAAGGGCUCUACGCCAUCGUCUUCUGCUCGCGAUACCUCGAUUUGUUCUCAGAGCGCUCGGCAUGGAACGCUAUAUUCAAAGUCACAUAUAUUGUCACGUCCUUCUACAUCUUGGGUGUUAUGCAAUGGCUGUUCCCUCGGUCUCGAGAACGUGAGAUCUCCUGGAAGCUGGGAGCUAUUAUUCUUGGAGGCUGUCUUGCUUUGUCUCCCUUUAUCAUGAUGAUCUUUGAAAGCAAGAGGAGAUGGGGAUUCCUGACUUGGAUGUGGGUUUUCUCUGAAAUCCUCGAAUCCGUCUGCGUUCUGCCCCAGCUGCUGCUGUUGAGACAGACCACGGUUCCCACCGUCAUCGAUUCGUUCUACCUCCUGGCACUGGGCUCCUACCGGGCCAUGUACUGCGUGAACUGGUUCGUGCGAGAAAUGGACGUAAACGACCGCCCGCCCGAUGCUAUUGCCGUCAUUUUCGGCAUCAUUCAGACUGCUUUAUACAUCGACUUUGCUUGGGUCUACUACACCAGACAGCGGGUUAAGCUCCGUGGCGGCGGUGUAGUUGACGCCGAUGAUUUGAACCGCGGAUGGUUCCUGUACCGCAUCUUUGGCAAGCACGCUGCGCCCAACGACGAAGAAGCCGGCCACGGCGACGCGGGCGGCGGCCGGGCGAGAUGGGGAUCCCGUGGCAUCUCAGUCAGUGCCGACGAUGGCGUAUUGGAGUCGGAGAGGGACAAUCGCGACCAUCACGAGGGGCUCGAUGCCGCGGUGGAUCCUGAUGCCAGGAUGCAUGAUCCCGACGAGCUGGCCAAGGCCAUGGAUGACGACGACGAUGAUGACGAGGAUACGCCACUGCGUGCUGGGAGCUCAUCUCAGACGCACACACCACCAGGAAUCCGAAGCGGGGAUGAAUGGGCCGAUUAAAUAGGUCCAUCUGCUUUCUUGGAUACCGUAUCUCUUUAAGAGCAGCAGUAUAGGACCACAGUCACAAUAUCAACACUGUAGUCUACGGGAUGGAUAACAUACAACCUUUUUGUAUUUGUUCUACGCAAAAUGUGUUUUUGGGUACUCCCCUUUUUUUGCUUCAGUUGGGUUUGGUUAUAUGUAUGGGAAUCAAGGAGUAGUGAGAGGAAAUCCAUGGCCGGAAGAAGGUUGCUAUAUCUGAAAUACGUACUCUAGUGGCUUGAAUGUAACACACUUUAUGACCAAAAGGCCUUAACGCUUCUACAGCAAGAACGACUUUGAGCCGCGGACCGUGGGUUUAUGUUACUAGCCGAAAAGAGAUCCCCAAGGAAUAUGAACCCUCGGCUUCAUGGCAGUGGAGUCGCGGGACUCGUCCCGAGAGUGCGGAGAAGCUGCACGCAUUUCAGACUUAG